CCGCGGGGAUGAGCCGGGCUGGAGGCGGAGGCAGCGGGCGGCGGCGGCGGCCAGCUGUUGGGACCCGGCCCCCUCCGCCCCGGCGCAUGGCAGCGCGGUGAGCGGGCGGCGCGGGCGGCGCAGGGUGAUGGUGGCCGGCGGGUCAUGCUGCUGAAGCUCCUGCAGAGACAGACCUACACCUGCCUGUCCCACAGGUAUGGGCCCUGCCUCUGCCUCGGGGGCCUGGUCCUCGUCCUCGUCUCCGCGCUGCAGUUCGGAGAGGUUGUCCUGGAGUGGAGUCGAGACCAGUAUCAUGUUUUGUUUGAUUCUUAUAGAGACAACAUUGCUGGCAAAUCAUUUCAGAAUCGACUUUGUUUGCCCAUGCCAAUUGAUGUGGUGUACACCUGGGUGAAUGGUACAGAUGUUGAGCUGAUCAAAGAAUUACAACAGGUUAGAGAACAGAUGGAGGAAGAACAGAAAAUAAUGAGGGAAAUGCUUGGGAAAAAUACAACAGAACCACCUAAGAAAAGUGAGAAGCACCUGGAGUGUUUACUGACACACUGCAUUAAAGUGCCAAUGCUUGUCCUAGACCCUGCUGUGCCUGCUAACAUCACUCUGAAGGACCUGCAAUCUGUUCAUCCUUCUUUACAAGCUGCUAACAAUAUAUUCUUUGUAGCAAAACCAAAAAAUCCAUCUACCAAUGUGACAGUAGUUGUUUUUGACAGUCCUAAGGAAGCUGAAGAUGCCCAUUCUGGAAUGUUAAAAGAAAGCAGCAAACAGACAGUAUGGAGAGGUUAUUUGACCACAGACAAAGAAGUACCCGGUUUAGUGUUAAUGCAAGAUUUGGCUUUCCUUAGUGGAUUUUCAGCUACAUUCAAAGAGACAAAUCAGCUAAGAGCAAAACUACCAGAGAACUUGGCCUCAAAAAUAAAACUGUUACAGCUUUAUUCCGAAGCCAGUGUUGCCCUCUUGCAACUGAAUAAUCCCAAGGGUUUCCAAGAACUGAGCAAGCAAGCUAAGAAGAACAUGACUAUAGAUGGAAAAGAAUUGACACUUAAUCCUGCUUAUUUACUGUGGGAUCUCAGUGCCAUCAGUCAGUCUAAACAGGAUGAAGAUAUUUCAGCCAGCCGUUUUGAAGAUAAUGAAGAGCUGAGAUAUUCCCUCCGAUCAAUAGAGAGGCAUGCCCCUUGGGUUAGACACAUUUUCAUCAUCACUAAUGGGCAGAUUCCAUCCUGGCUUAAUCUGGAUAACCCUCGGAUAACUAUAGUAACACAUCAGGACAUAUUUCAGAAUUUGAGUCACUUGCCUACCUUUAGUUCCCCAGCCAUUGAAAGUCACAUUCAUCGUAUUGCUGGCCUUUCCCAGAAGUUCAUUUACCUAAAUGAUGAUGUUAUGUUUGGGAAGGAUGUAUGGCCUGAUGAUUUUUACAGUCACUCUAAGGGUCAGAAGGUUUACUUGACUUGGCCCGUGCCAAACUGUGCUGAAGGAUGUCCUGGCUCAUGGAUUAAAGAUGGUUACUGCGAUAAGGCCUGUAAUAAUUCAGCAUGUGAUUGGGAUGGAGGGGAUUGCAUUGGGAACAGCGGAGGUAGUCGUUAUGUUGCUGGUGGUGGUGGAGGUGGAGGAGCAGGGAAUGGCCCACCCUGGCAAUUUGGUGCUGGAAUCAGUGGAGUCUCUUAUUGUAACCAAGGCUGUGCCAAUUCCUGGCUCGCAGAUAAAUUCUGUGACCAGGCAUGCAAUGUCCUCUCGUGUGGAUUUGAUGCUGGUGAUUGUGGGCAAGAUCACUUUGACGAGUUGUACAAGGUGACUCUCCAGCAGAAUCAAACCCAUUAUAUUAUUCCAAAAGGUGAAUACCUGCCCUAUUUCAGCUUUGCUGAAAUAGCCAAGAAGGGAAUUGAGGGUGCCUAUAGCGAUAAUCCAAUUAUACGUCAUGCUUCUGUUGCCAACAAGUGGAAGACUAUCCACCUGGUAAUGCAUAGUGGAAUGAAUGCAACUGUGAUCUAUUUUAAUCUUACAUUUCAAGAUAAAAAUGAUGAAGAGUUUAAAAUGCAGAUAGCUGUUGAGGUUGAUACCAGAGAGGAACUGAAAUUGAACACAACUUCCACCCAGAAAUCAGACACUUUCAUUAAAAUUACACCUUCAGUAUCAGAAGCUGAAAUGAUAUUUGAGGAUAUUCCUGAAGAAGAACGUUUUCCAAGAAUCAGGAAACGUCCAAAUAACACACAGGAGAGUUUUCUUGAAGAUGUGGUAAUGCCACCAGUAAAUGUGUCUUUCCUCCCUGAAGAUGUUCAGCUCGCUCUUUGGAACCUGGAUUUAAAGCUAGAAAAUGGUGAUAUCACUCAUAAAGGCUAUAAUCUAUCAAAGGCUGCUCUUCUGAGCUCUUUCCAAAUGUUAUCUACAAUGACAAAAACUAAGAAGAUGCCAGGCAUGGAAAGGAAAGAUAUCUAUGAUGAUGUAAAAGAACAAAAGAACCUUACCAGUUGGCACAAGCCUUAUAAAGAUUUAAUUGGUGGCAAAAUAGAAGCUGCAACAAAAAAACAUGAAGCAGUUCCUUCAAAGUCAGUAGCUAUAAAGAGUACUGUUGUGGCAAUGAAGGUGAACAGUCAGUUUCCUCUAAAAUCAAUUUCUGAAUCCAUGCCUGUAAUCCAGAACAUCGGAAAUAAAAAUGGAUCUCGAGAGAAAAUACUGAAUGCACUCAUACCAAAAGAAACCCAUAAGUCGAAAGAUAUUGGAAAUGUGGGGACUGAGGAAGAGAAAAAGGGGGAAAUGGAAAUAAAUAACCGGCAUGCCAACAUAGUUACAGCAGGCAGCAAAGUGUUGCCAGGAAGGAAACUGCAAUAUUACACUGGAAGUGAUCAAGGCUUUUUGCCAUGGGAAAAAAAUAAGUAUUUCCAAGAUCUUCUUGAUGAAGAAGAGGCAUUAAUUAAGCAGAUGUCCUACUUUACUGAUGGUAAACGAAUUGGCAGGCAGUUGAAAGAUACAUUUGCUGAUUCCCUCCGAUAUGUAAAUAAACUUCUAAACAGCAAAUUUGGAUUUACGUCUCGGAAAGUCCCUGCUCAUAUGCCUCACAUGAUUGACCGCAUUGUUAUGCAAGAACUACAAGAUAUGUUUCCUGAGGAAUUUGACAAGACCUCAUUUCACAAAGUGAGACACUCAGAAGAUAUGCAGUUUGCUUUUUCAUAUUUCUAUUACCUCAUGAGUGCAGUUCAGCCACUGAAUAUUUCCCAGGUUUUUGAUGAAGUUGAUACAGAUCAGUCAGGUAUUUUGUCUGACAGAGAGAUUCGCACAUUGGCUACAAGAAUACAUGAACUGCCCUUAAGUUUACAGGAUUUGACAAGUUUGGAGCAAAUGCUGAUAAAUUGCUCUAAAGCACUCCCUGCCAACAUCACUCAGAUUAAUGUCAUUCCUCCAACUCAGGAAGCUUAUUAUGAUCCCAAUCUGCCUCCAGUGACUAAAAAUCUAGUAACUAAUUGUAAACCUGUGACUGACAGAAUUCGUAAGGCAUACAAAGACAAAAACAAAUAUAGGUUUGAAAUCAUGGGAGAAGAAGAAAUUGCUUUCAAAAUGAUCCGCACCAACGUUUCUCAUGUAGUUGGCCAGCUAGAUGAUAUAAGAAAAAAUCCCAGAAAAUUUGUUUGCCUAAAUGACAACAUUGAUCACAAUCAUAAGGAUGCUCAGACAGUGAAAGCAGUGCUUAGGGAUUUUUAUGAAUCAAUGUUUCCCAUACCAUCUCAGUUUGAACUGCCAAGAGAAUAUCGGAACCGCUUCCUUCAUAUGCAUGAGCUUCAGGAAUGGAGAGCAUACAGAGACAAGCUCAAAUUUUGGACCCAUUGUGUUUUAGUGACAUUGAUUGUGUUUACGGUCAUCUCAUUUUUUGCUGAACAGCUAAUUGCACUUAAACGAAAACUUUUUCCGAGGAGGAGGAUCCAAAAGGAAGUCGGUCAUGAACGAAUCAAGGUUUAGAAGAUCUUUGCUUGGAAAUCAGUCUACCUCAAGAUGUAAUAAGCAUUUAAAAUUGUUAUUGGAGAAGUGUCUUUAUGAUGUAACAUUUAGCUAGUUUGACAUGAAGAAAAAAAGUCAAAUAUCUAUAAAUUAUAGCCUUCAUGGCGCUGUGUGUAACACGCAAGCUCCUGAUGUUAUGAGAUGGGGAGGGCGGCGGAAGUUAGGAGUGUGCAUUGGCAGUUCUCAACUGGUUUUACUUUACAAGAAUUAGCUCACGGAUAUGUUAUCCUUUUUAUAAAAAGGGUUACUGAAACCUAGCUGCAUUUAAAGCAGUGGACAUUGCCAGCUAAGUAUAAUGUUGGAAAGUUAAACUGUUCAGGAUUAACUAGAAAGAUGUCCCUGACCUUGCAUUCCAAAGCAUUUUGCAGAUUGCUGAAUUAAUCAAUACAUUUAUGUUGAUGCUGCUUUUCCAUUUUUAGAAGUAAAACAGAGGAUAAUUGCUUAAUUUCCCAAUUAGAUAUAGUCUACAUUUAAUGACAUUUACAUUGUUUAAAUACACCAACAAUGCAACCUCAAAUUGGUGGUAUCUAAUGAGGAAUUUGGAUGAUAUAUAUCCUAAUGAUAUAAUCAAGAAUCAAACUACCGGUACUAUUAUUUUAAAGAUUUUAUUUCUCACCUAAUUCAUUAAAUUGCCAGGAAUACUGUGGUAUUGUUUGUAGGCCUAAUUACAAAGAGAGAGCGCUACAGUCAAGUAAAAGUAAUUAGGAUGUUGUUAUUUUACAAGCAUUGUAAAUAUACAAGCAAAAGUGCCUCACCAUAUGAAUGAGUAAUAUAUUGUUUUAAUGUUGCAUUGUAUUAGAGCGAUGUUUCAUUUCUGAAUUUGGUAAUUAUAUUCUCAUAUGAAGCAUUAAUGUUUUAAAAUUUGGACAGGCACAGGCAAUCCUGUCAUACUUUGUUAAGACAGGUGUCAGGGUAGCAAGAUUUUUAAGGGGGAGACAAUACUGAGACUCUUUUCAAGCAGACAUUUUUGACAGAGUACUUGCAAUCAUAGUUAUUAACAGUAAUCUUCUAAAAUCACUUCACUAAUUAUUUUGUAAUUGGAAUAUGAGGUAUACAAUUCAUUGUGUGCUGUAAGAUAUUCAGUUUGUUUUAAAAGAAACUAAAGUCUUGUGAUAAACAAUGAAGUUAUUUUGGUUUAUUCUGUUUUUGCUCCAGAGGAAAAGAAAAUACAUCCAAUUUAGUAAAUUACUCUCACCUAUUAUUUCUGUAGACUUUGCUUGUCAUUAGAAAUAGUCAAAGGUAACUCUAAUUUGUUUUCACAUUAUCCAGUGCAUACACAGAUUGUUAAACCAAAUAGAAUCUAAUUUUUAAACAUUUUAAAAUAUAAGCAUUUGUAUUUUUUUUUAGUAUUUCAUACUAGAAGACCCCAGAUAUAUUUAAUAUGCUGUGACACAUUAAAGUAAACAUAUAGCAUAUAAAAUAAGCAGUUUAUAUCUGCCGUAUUUUCAGUUGUCGAAGUCUUCUAUUUUGGCAGAAAUGUCAAGGAUGGUAGAAUACUUCAACAAAUGAAAUUACAGGAAAGCCAGGAUGAAAUAAAGUUAGAUUUUUAAAACUUUUUAUUUCAAAAAGACACUCACUCUCAAGUAGAUUAAGUCCAAAAUUUGAUCUACUUUAAAAUUGUUUUAGUAUUCUGCAUUGUAUUUUUUUUAAAGUACUUGAGUACAAGAAAUUAUUAAAGAAAAAUAACUACAGGGCCAGUUUUUCAAAACUUUUGGCUAAGUUACAUGUGCAAAUCAUGAAUUUCCAUAUACAGAAUGCCUGUUCAUUUGUGCAGUUUAAGCAAACAGUUUUGAAAACUAGGUUCAUAUUAUUUUGUUUUAUUGCACCAAUAGCCAGCUAGCCAGCAGACAGAGCAUAAAUUAACUGACAACAUUUAUUUCUAGAUCUGUGUCAAUGUCUGUGAUAGUGAUAUCAAAAAGAAGGAAAGCAAGCAGAGCUGAAAAAAAUUGGGUGUAGGAGGAAAAUAUUACCCCAAUACUUGGUAAAUUGGAAAGGACAAAACUAGUGAAGUAAAAUAUUUCCAGUCUUCUAUGAGGUUAAAGAGCAGAGAGUAGAAAUCAAAUGAUUAAUAAAAAGUUCUUGACAAUAUAUUUUAUCUUUUAGCUCACUUUUUAGAAUUUUUUAUGUAAUUGUAAUGUAGUUAGAUAAAAUAAUUGGGAGAGAUGAAAACUUUAUUAAGACCAUAUUCUGACGAAGAAGCAUAUAGAUUCACUACAUGAUUUGAUAGAAAUAAAAUCUUAAAUUACUUUCUCUUUCUGGAAUUUUCUGUGCAAUAUGGUUGUUACGAGCAAUAUGAUUGUUCUGUGCCAUAUGAUGAUCACUACUUCAUAAAUCAGGAUAUCAGAAAUAUGCUACCACUAUAAUGUCUGCCAGCAGCUGACAGCUUACUCAUAUCAUUUUUGCCACAAAAGUCAUAUCUUGUCAUCUUAUUUUAAAAAUAUUUACUUUUGAAGUGACCUGUUUCAAAUACAAUAGCUCUUAAAAUCAAAGGGAAAUGUUAUGCUGAAAUUAGCAUGUGAAUCAAUAUUAAAGUCUAGAGAGAAAGGACUUUCAAAACCUUGCUACAUUUAAAGCUUUGGAUCCUCUUAAUUGCAUCACUUUCUUCUGUAGUAAAAUUAGUGAAUAUCACCUGUUGAAGAUCACUUUUCCUGUAACUAAAAAGAUUGUCUCUAGCAUUUGAUCCAUAAAUAGUAAAAUGCAUGUCAUAAUCAUCUAGCUCAGGGUUUUUUGGCUAUUGUCCAUAACUUUAUCAGCAAGGAGUCACUUGAGGCAACAAAUCUUCAGAUAUGAGACGUCAAACAAUUUUACCAUGAACAUUAACGUAACAUUUGCUAGCAUAAAGCUAAAAAUUGACUGCACAAUAGGCUAUUAAGGCCUCCGUCCAGCAAGGAGCUCUGUGUGAGUGAACCCUUGCAUCCGCACAAAUGUCCUUACAGAACUAGGAUAGAUACCAUUUCAAUAUAUUCAGAUAGGCUGUCUUUGUGAGUGCCUUUGGAAUAGAGCAGGUAAAUUAUUAGUAAAAUUGAAAAAUUAUCUAUAAAUAAAUCACAUUUUAAAAACUUUGUUUACAUUUAAAAUGUUUUGAUAGUAUCAGCUUUUUUCCUUAUUCACCAUUAGCAAAGUAUUAAUAAAUUUAACAUUUUAUUACCUAGUGUCUCAAGGGGCCUUUUUUUAGGGCCUGUUUCAAAGCCCAAUAAGUUACUGGACGUCUUUGAAUUGUCUUGAGAGAGCUUUAGAUCAGGCUCUAAGGCCCUGAUUCAGCAAGAUAUUUGAGCACAGGAAUAAUCACAUUGAAGUCAAAGGGACUGCUCAUAUGGUAGGCAGGUGUUUAACUACCUUCCUAAAUUGGGUCCUGUGUGUUUCCAUUAGAAACCACAUUUACGGAAGAGAGAUGUUAAAUAAAGUAUUAAAUAAGGAAGAAAUAUUAAAUAGGUUCAGGUAGAUUUUCAAAUACCUUUUGUAAAAUCAUUGUUAAAUUGAUUAUGCUAGUUUUGAAUCAGUUUGAAAACUAUAGAAAUAUCACUUUAUAGAUACUUUUCUUUCCUAAAUGUUAAUCCAAAAAUGGAUUUUUUUGCAAAGAAUGCCACUGACUAGAAACAAGAUAAUACAGCUCAUUUUCUUCUUUCUUUCAUGAGUCUUUAGAUAUUUAACAUAGUCACUGUUUUAGAACUGUUAACUUGAAGAUUCUGUCAGGCUUUCUAAAAUAUAAUGUCUUUACCCUAAAAGGAACUAAAUUUGUGCAAGAGCACUCUCUUAUUUGAUGUCACCAGUAAAAAGACACUGGAACCAGGAAAAUUCUCAUUAUUUAGUAAAUUGUAGAGCUUGUUAGAGGAUGUGAACCUGUCUUGAAGAAUGUAUGGAUUGCUGAAAGGGCUGAAUCUUCAGGCUUUUAUAUACUGUGAACUUGAUGGGCAUAGCUAUAGCACAGAAUACUCUGCAGUAGCUAUUCCAGAAUAACUCCCGGUGUAGACAAGGUCUUAAUCUUCCAAAGAAUAUGCAUCUGUAAAAGAAAAAAAAUGUGAGCAGCGUUUUUGGACUUAGAGAAACUCAUGCCAUGCAGCGACCUCCACAAAUGUGUUUUUGACAGUUCCCUUUGUAAAAAUCGCAUCAUCCUUCUUCCUGUUAGUUUUACUGUGAUUUCCAAGUUUUCAGUGGUCUGAAUAACUAAAAUCCCAUUUUUGCACAUGGUUGAUCUUCAACUACUUACAUGCUUAUUUUUAUUCAUUUCUAAUUCAAGCUAUUACAAAAUCAAUUAUGCAUGGGUGCAUUGUACAAUAAAACAUUUCUGGGUGUUGA